AGAGUGUUUACUCUUAAGAGUGUUUAGUUACUAGUUAGAACACUUGACCAAAAAAAAAGUUACUAGUUAGAACACAACAAAACAAGACAAAAACUUGCAGCUACUUAACUCCUCUUGCUUCUUAUCUUCGCACUUCGCCAAUAUAACAUUAACCAUGGGAGAAGGAGAAGCAAAAGCUGAGCACGUAGCCAAAGCAGAUCACAAGCAUGCUCCCUCCGCUUCUUCAACGCCGGAGUCUUACUCCAAAGACGGCGAACGACGAGGCGGCGGAGACGCUUACCGAGCAUUCUGCGCCGCCAUAUUUACCAUCCUCGUCUUACUAGGAAUCAUCGCUUUAAUACUCUAUCUCGUCUACCGUCCACACAAGCCACGUCUCACUGUCGUCGGAGCCGCCAUAUACGACCUCAACUUCACGGCGCCACCGUUAAUCUCAACCUCCGUUCAGUUCUCCGUCUUGGCCCGAAACCCAAACCGGAGAGUCUCCAUUCACUACGACAAGCUGGCCAUGUACGUUACCUACAAAGAUCAGAUCAUAACGCCCCCGCUUCAGCUUCCACCGCUUCGCCUAGGACAUAAAUCUACCGUCGUGAUAGCGCCGGUGUUGGGCGGCGCCGGGAUACCGGUUUCGCCCGAAGUGGCUAACGGGUUGAAGAGUGAUGAAGCGUACGGUCUCGUUUCAAUGAGAGUGGUGGUUACAGGACGGCUACGUUGGAAAGCUGGUGCUAUUCUGACUGGACGGUAUGGGUUCUAUGCAACGUGUGGUGUGUGGAUGAGGUUUAACCGAUCUUCUAAUGGUCAAGUUCCUCUUCUCGCUCCUUCAACUUGUAAAGUUGAUGUCUAGUUCAAAUUUUAAGCAAAAAAAAAAAGUUGAUGUCUAGUUUUUCAUGUAAUGUUUUUUUUUUACCUUUUGUGUUUUAUAAGAAAAUAGUUUUAGUGUGUAAUUGGUGUCUUCUUCCUAUCUUUAGAAUAAAUCCAGAGGCAUAAACCAGAUAUUAUGAUUACUGUUUUUUUCUAAUUUUAUGAAUAUUUAUUUAUCACA